CCCGGAAGUAAACAAACCCUCUGCCUCUAGCAACCGAGGCCGACUUUACCAUAGAGAGUCGCUGGGAAAACGGGCCAGAGCGGCGACGCUCCUCCUCCUGCUUCGACUAGGCCUCAGACGCUGCCAGUGGCUGAGGGAAACUUGUUGCAUAAAUCAAAAUGUCCCUAUUCAAUGCAAGGAGUACAAACAAGAUCAGCAAACAUCUGGUACAAAGUGUUCGACAUGAGCAACCUACAAAAUCUCCUGUUCAGCUGAAAGAUCGUGAUCUUCUCACUUUACAAAAUUAUACAGCUGAGGAAAUAAAAUAUUUGCUUUGGGUGGCAUCAGAUUUGAAAGAGAGAAUCAAACACAAAGGAGAGUAUUUACAUUUGCUGCAAGGAAAAUCCUUAGCAAUGAUUUUUGAAAAAAGAAGCACAAGGACUAGAUUGUCUACAGAGACUGGAUUUGCUCUCCUUGGAGGUCAUCCAUGUUUCCUCACACUACAAGAUAUUCACCUGGGCAUUAAUGAGAGCAUCACUGACACCGCACGGGUAUUGUCAACCAUGACAGAUGCAAUCCUGGCACGAGUAUAUAAACAGACUGAUCUAGAGGUGUUGGCACAGGAGGCCACAAUCCCUGUAAUAAACGGAUUAUCAGAUUCUGGCCAUCCUAUCCAGAUUUUGGCUGAUUACCUUACACUUCAGGAACACUACGGGUCUUUGAAUGGAUUGACCCUCAGCUGGAUAGGUGAUGGAAAUAAUGUUCUGAAUUCUAUUAUGCUAAGUGCUGCUAAAUUUGGGAUGGAUCUACAUAUUGCUACUCCAAAGGGUUUUGAGCCAGAUACCAUGGUGAUUCAAAUAGCUGAAGAUUAUUCCAGAAAGUACGGCACCAAAUUAUUUCUCACCUCCGAUCCACUUGAAGCUGCCAAUGGAGCUCAUGUUUUGAUCACAGACACAUGGAUCAGCAUGGGGCAGGAAGAAGAAAAACAAAAGAGAGUAAAAGCUUUCCAGGGUUACCAGAUCACAAUGCAGACUUGUAAAGUGGCAUCUCCUGAUUGGACAUUUUUACACUGUUUACCCAGAAAGCCAGAAGAAGUUGAUGAUGAAGUCUUUUAUUCUCCACAAUCACUGGUGUUUCAAGAGGCUGAAAACAGGAAAUGGACAAUUAUGGCUGUCAUGGUUUCCUUGCUGACAGAUUAUUCACCACAGCUGCAAAAGCCUACAUUUUGAUUUUUGGGUUUCUGCCAAAAGAGAAGAUUCCUCACUAACAGAAUAUUUUUUGCUCCGUGAAACUUGCCUCUCUGUGUGUCUCUGUCUCUCUCAACCAUUUUUUUAAAAUCAAAGAUCAAAAUUUAAUAAAAGAUCAGUCAGAAA